AUACGAGAAAUUGAGCAAACCAGCUCAGCGCGAACUAAUAAUAUUAUAGACAUCAUUUAAGAUGCUGCCAAUUUCCUCCAUCAGCAUCUAUUUCACUCCGAUACCAAAACCACCUUUUUGCCUAACACCCUCUCUCUCUCUCUCUCUCUCUCUCUCUCAUGUAUUGACUAAUUGUAGAGAAGAAAGAAGACUUUGUUAGCAUGGCGGUUUGUGCUGCUUCAAUUGCGAUUCUACCCAACGGAAACGUCCGUGCUGGGUUCUGCAACCGCCGUGUACCCGCCCGGGGACUCGCCGUUCGCUCUGAUUUGGAAACCAAUGUCUCCGACAUGAGUGUUAAUGCUCCAAAAGGUUUAUUUCCACCAGAACCAAAGCAUUAUAAGGGACCCAAGUUGAAAGUGGCCAUCAUCGGAGCUGGGCUAGCUGGCAUGUCGACUGCCGUUGAGCUUUUGGAUCAAGGCCAUGAGGUGGAUAUAUACGAGUCAAGGUCUUUCAUUGGUGGAAAAGUGGGUUCUACUGUAGACAAACAGGGAAACCACAUUGAAAUGGGACUCCAUGUUUUCUUCGGUUGCUAUAAUAAUCUCUUCCGCUUGAUGAAAAAGGUAGGUGCUGAUAAGAAUCUGCUUGUGAAGGAUCACAUUCACAGUUUUGUCAACAAAGGGGGUGAAAUUGGGGAACUUGAUUUUCGACUCCCAAUUGGAGCGCCGAUACAUGGAGUUCGAGCAUUUCUUACAACAAAUCAGCUCAAGACUUCGGAUAUAGCAAGAAAUGCAGUGGCUCUCGCUUUGAGUCCAGUUGUAAGGGCUCUUGUCGACCCUGAUGGAGCAUUAAGGGAUGUACGAAAUCUCGAUAAUAUAAGCUUCUCUGACUGGUUUUUGUCCAGAGGAGGGUCCCGCACGAGUAUCCAGAGGUUGUGGGAUCCUGUCGCCUACGCACUAGGGUUCAUUGAUUGUGACAAUAUUAGUGCUCGUUGUAUGCUCACUAUAUUUACGCUUUUUGCCACUAAGACCGAGGCUUCCCUUCUUCGCAUGCUUAAAGGUUCUCCAGACGUUUAUUUGAGCGGUCCCAUCAAAAAGUAUAUCAUGGACAAGGGAGGCAGAUUCCAUCUAAGGUGGGGAUGUCGAGAAAUUCUAUAUGAUCGAUCUUCUGAUGGUGGUGUGUAUGUAACCGGGUUUUCCAUGUCCAAGGCUACUCAAAAGAAAAUCGUAAAAGCUGAUGCUUAUGUAGCAGCAUGUGAUGUCCCUGGAAUUAAAAGAUUACUACCACAUAAUUGGAGAGAGUUGGAAUUCUUUGAUAACAUCCAUAAACUUGUCGGAGUGCCAGUUGUCACAGUGCAGCUACGAUAUAAUGGCUGGGUUACUGAGUUAAAGGACCUGGAAUAUGCACGGCAAUUGAGGCGAGCGACGGGUUUGGAUAAUUUGCUUUACACUCCAGAUGCAGAUUUCUCUUGCUUUGCGGACCUUGCACUCACAUCACCAGAGGAUUAUUACCUUGAGGGCCAAGGCUCGUUACUUCAAUGUGUCCUUACGCCUGGGGACCCGUACAUGCCUCUACCAAAUGAUGAAAUUGUAAAGCGAGUCUCAAAGCAGGUUUUGGAUUUGUUUCCAUCUUCACGAGGUCUUGAAGUUACGUGGUCAUCAGUUGUCAAAAUUGGACAGUCUUUAUAUCGUGAAGGUCCCGGUAAAGAUCCAUUCAGGCCCGACCAGAAAACACCGGUUACAAACUUCUUCCUCGCUGGCUCUUACACUAAACAGGAUUAUAUAGACAGUAUGGAAGGAGCGACUCUGUCUGGGAGGCAUGCUUCUGCGUACAUAUGCGACGCAGGAGAAGAUUUGAUUGCAAUGCGUAAAGAUUCGGCUGUCACUGAAUUGACACAAGUCAUGUGAUUAUUGAUUCGAGCAAACUUAAAGAGUAGUUUGCAGUUUGUUGAUAGAGCAACCAGUUAAUAUGAUGCCUUCAGUUAGAAAUCUGAAAAAUGUGGCCGAUAUUGAUUGUACUACUGUUGAAGAUUCCCAAAAGAACCUGUAAAUUAUGGCUCUGAUUAGUUCAUGAAUUUCAAAAUAAAGAAAAUAAAAAUGGAAAGGAAAAGAAAAUCAAGGACUUUUGAAA